AUGACAACCAAGACCAGAAAGGUGACGCUGGAGAGACAUAUGGCGCCAGGAACAGACUGGAACAGGGGCACUAGGGGUAGCAUCCCGAACUGCAGUCCUCGUGAGGGGACACCCAACGAACAGCUACAGACUCCACAAAUGAAAGACAUCCCAGAGUCUACCGAGAGGGGGGAGGAUGAUAGACUCACAUGGACGGAUUUUAUGGAAUCGACACGGCCUGCCCAACCGACUACGAAUAAAGAUGGAUCGGUCACUUGUAAUUGCGGAAAGGUGUGCAAGAACCAACGCGGUCUACGCAUUCACCAAGGGAAGUCUGAUUGUCAACGUGUGAGAUCACAAGGACAGCGCAUAGCCAGUUUGACUAGUGAGACGCAGGAGUACUCCAGUCUGGAAUCAACCCACAGUACUGAAGAACUCUAUGUUCAGGAGACCUCACAGGAUGUCUUUCGAAAUCCUGAGGAUGAUGAUGACCCCCUUUUAGAGCUCUUACAGACUCAAAGCAGCCCGGAAGCAAGCGAGGCGACUGAUCCGGAUAGACCACAGCAAGACACUGCCACUAGAACCAGGAAACCAAGGAUUAAGUGGCCCAAGGCUUCAGACAAGACAUCAUGGACCCAACUGGAUGAGGACCUAGAGAACAUCCUCGAAGCAUCCAUGCAAGGACCACUAGACCGGAAGCUGACCACCCUCACAACCUUGAUAUAUUCAGUAGGAAAGGAGAGGUUUGGACUAGAAGAGGAGAGAGUGCGAAAGGAACCUCCAAGACCAAACAGGCGGCAAGUUCGUAUCCAGAGCUUGAGACGUGAACUCAAGCAGCUGAGACGAAGGUACUAUGAUAGUUCACCCACAGAGAGGAUUGGACUUGCACAGCUUAGUGAUACAGUUCGGACACAGCUGACAUCAUUACGGAAAGCAGAAAACAGCAUAAGAAAGACACGGGAACGGGCAAAGAAGAGGGCAGCUUUCACAGCCAACCCAUACAAGUUCGCAAGAUCCCUCCUCGACAAAGAAAGGUCAGGAAAGUUGGAAACUCCACUAGAAGAAAUAGAGAACUUCCUUCAUGUUACCCAUUCUGACCCCAAUCGAGAGGACGUGCUAGGGGACUGUGACAGAAUAGAUCCAGCGGAGGAACCAGAAAAACAGCUGAAUGCGACGGAACCUACGCUUGGCGAGGUGAAAGAAGCUGUAAAAAAGGCCAGAGCUGCUUCGGCGCCAGGACCCAAUGCCACCCCGUACAAAGUGUACAAGAUGUGCCCACUACUUCUCAUGCGUUUAUGGAGGCUCCUCAAAGUAGUCUGGAGGAAGGGGGACGUACCAGAGGCUUGGAAGGAGGUCGAGGGGAUAUUCACACCGAAGGAACGCAAUUCCAAGACGGUCAACCAGUUCCGAACCAUCUCGUUGCUCAACGUCGAGGGAAAAAUAUUCUUUGCCAUCCUUGCAAGAAGACUCACAUCUUUCCUGACAGGCAACGCAUACAUCAACACCUCGGUCCAGAAGGGAGGAAUUCCCGGUUUCUCCGGCUGCAUAGAGCACACCAGUGCUAUCACACAGCUAAUAAGUGAGGCGAAGAAAGGGAGGAAGGAUCUCACUGUAGUUUGGCUCGAUUUGGCAAACGCAUACGGGUCCAUUCCACACCAGCUCAUCUAUACAGCCCUCCGACACUACCAUGUGGACGGCCACAUUCAGAAAAUCAUCACCAGUUACCUGGAUGGAAUCAAGCUCCGGUUUACUGUUGGUGACCAGCUAACCAGAUGGCAGAAGUUGGAGAAGGGAAUCGUUACCGGCUGCACAGUUUCCGUGGUGCUCUUCAUCAUGGGGGUGAACCUGCUGAUAAAUGCUGCCCAACGUGAGACACGUGGACCAAAGACAGAGUCAGGAAUCUAUCUCCCAUCUAGCAGAAGCUUCAUGGAUGACCUCACAUUGACGACAACAACACACGUCCAAGCUAGAUGGAUGUUGACAGCCCUGACGGAUGUCGCUUCAUGGGGAAGAAUGAAGUUCAAAGCAGCAAAAUCCAGAUCUCUUGUCAUAAAGAAAGGACAGACAACAGAGAGGUUCAAACUCUACGUACAGAACGAAGAGAUUCCUUCCAUAGUGACGAGUCCAAUAAAAUGCCUGGGCAAGUGGUUUGAUGCAAGCCUACAAGAUCGCGACAAUGUCAAGAACUUAAAGCAACAGGUAGAGGAGGGCCUCAAGAAGAUAGACCGCUGCGGACUACCCGGCAAGUUCAAAGCCUGGCUUUACCAGCAUUCACUGCUCCCAAGACUAAUCUGGCCGUUGAUGCUUUUCGAGGUACCCAGCACAACAGUGGUAGCCCUGGAGAGAAUCACUAGUCGACACCUCAGGGAGUGGCUAGGAGUUCCACCCAGCUUUACCAGUAUUGGACUCUAUGGGAAGAGCAACAAGUUACAGCUCCCACUAUCUUCACUGGUAGAAGAGUUCAAGACAGCAAAAGCAAGACUUGUGUUGAACUUGAGGGUCUCUCCGGACGAGUUCAUCCGUGAGGCAGGGAUCCAAACCCGAACGAGCAGGAAAUGGUCAGCGACAGAGUCUGUGAGCCAGGCAGAGAACACGCUCAAGCACAAAGACAUUGUCGGAGUGACUGCAGUUGGACGUGAAGGAAUUGGUGCGAGAAAGGUGGUGCUGUGGAGCCGAUCAGACCAGAAAGAGAGGCGAGCGAUGAUUCAGUCUGAGGUCAGGAGGGCGGAAGAAAAUGCCAGACAAGCAAGGGCUGUGGAGAUUGGAGCGCAAGGAGCAUGGACCACGUGGAAUACCGCAGACAGGAAGUUGACCUGGGGAGACAUCUGGAAGUAUGAGCCUUUUCGGUUUUCCUUUCUCCUCAGGUCUGUCUAUGACCUACUACCAUCCCCAGCGAACUCGUGCCGAUGGGGACUCACAGCAGAGCCAAAAUGCAGCCUGUGUGACAGAGUAGGCACCCUAGAGCAUGUUCUGUCAUCUUGUAGUACAGCACUGACACAGGGAAGAUAUAGAUGGAGGCACGACUUGGUCCUCAGAGAGUUGGCUGACUGGCUAGAGAAGGAAAGGAAGAAGGAACAUGGUAAUCACCCCCGCCAUGGGCACAUCGCUUUUGUCAAAUCGGGUGAGACCGUGAAGACACAGAAACAAACAAAAGCAUCAAUUCUUGAUGGCUCUAGAGACUGGAAGAUGGAAGUUGACCUUGAUAGAAGGCUUGUUUUCCCAAACGUGGUUCAAACGACCCUACGACCAGAUAUUGUACUGUGGUCAGAGACAGGAAAGAAGCUCGUCACCAUAGAGCUGACAGUACCAUGGGAGGCAAGAUGUGAAGAGGCCUACGAGCGGAAGAAGGCCAAGUACACAGAACUGAUGGAUCUGUGCAAGCAACAAGGCUGGCGAACUUGGCUAUUUCCCGUGGAAGUUGGCGUUAGAGGAUUCUGUUUCCAGUCCGUGCACAGGCUGAUGACAGCAUUAGGAACAACUGGCAGGGAGAGACGAGUGGCUAUCCAGAGACUGAGCCAAGCAGCCGAACGGGCAUCAAGCUGGCUGUGGCUGAGGCGAGAGGAGAAGAGCUGGAGGCAAUCAACCAACACACAGUGA